AUGGCGGAGGACGACACCGUUUUGUUCGUGGAAAACUUGGUGGGUGUUCUGUCGAGGUAUGAUCAUAGGAAGAUGUUUUAUGUUGGGAUGAACUCGGAAUGCGUUGUGACAAACUAUGAUACCUCGUUUGAAUUGGCGUUUCGUGGAGGCGGCUACGCCUUGAGCUAUCCUCUGGCCAAGGCCCUGGCGGAGAAUAUGGACGCUUGUAUCAAACGUUAUCCGUUUUUGAUCGAGAGCGAUCAUAUUUUGCAGUCGUGUAUUGCUGAUCUGGGCGUCUCCCUCACUCAUGAAAAGGGUUUUCAUCAAAUUGAUCUAACCAAGGACAUUUCUGGGCUGCUAUCAUCCCACCCACAUUCUCCAGCUCUCUCCCUGCACAACCUAGACGCAGUGGCGCCUAUCUUCCCAUCCAAGAACCGACAAGAAGCCCUAAAACAUCUCAUGAAGGCCGCCGAGGUUGACCAGCCACGUCUGCUACAACAAAGCGUCUGCUACUUAAAGAAAAACAACUGGAGUUUCUCUGUUUCCUGGGGAUACUCCGUACAAAUCUACGAGCAAAUCAUCCCGCCUAGCGUUCUCCAGAAGCCCCUGGAAACGUUUUCCGAGUGUCGGAGGGGAGCCAGGCCCCCUUACAUGUUAAACGCCCGGCCGCGGCGGCUGCCGACGUACGACUCGUGCGAGGCCCCGCAUGUUCUUUUCUUCGAUUCCGUCGAGGAAAGCGUGCUCGAUCAUGUCGUCACGACAUACUCCAAGCGAUCCCCGCGUGGUAUGCGACCCUGUGCGAACAAUUCGGCGGAGGGCAUUGCCAAGAUCCGCGUGCUUUCUCCCAUGAAAAAGCUUCAACUGGUUGGAAACAGAAGAGAAUGUUGUGAUAUAGUUGAGAUAGUAGGGAUGGAUACAAUGGGAAUAAUGCUAAGGAGUUGUAUGAAGAAUGAAAUGGUUGGGUGGACUUAG